GCUGUCACGUUUUAAUAGGGUAGAAAGUUGGUAACCUUAAGUUUGAUUAGAGUAACCACAGUUUUCCCUUGUAUGUUCUGUCGUCAAUUAUUUGUUAAACUACCCUGUAUUAUGCAACAUAUGCAUAACAAUUAAAAUAAUUGCAUUGUAAACGUACCAUACAAUAUUUGGGUUAGAUAAUAGUAUUUUUUGAUAAUAAUUAGAUAUAUGCUUUUUUUUGUUAUAAACGACCUUUUUUAUUUAUUGUAAUUAUCGCUGGGGCAUCAGUACUGAGAAAUAUUUGUGUGAGUAAACAUAUAUUGUUGAUAUUGAUUUCGAAAUAUAUAAAAAAAUGUAAUAAAUCUACACAGUCAUAGCGAUUUACAAAACAAGAACUGAAAUCAACGUACAAUGUGUUUUGACCAUGAUUAAAAAUAUGUUGUUUUAUAUCUAAAAUAUAAAUAACUGAGUAUUUAUAUAUUAUGUGAAAACGAAUGCGAUUUAAUGAUGUUUCUGAAAUAACCACAAAUGUUUUUCUAUUUUCACUGCCAUCAACAAAUUAAUAAAUGACAACUAUGCGCAUGUGCAAACGUGGUAAUGGCGAUCGUGUUAAGUUUAUUUUGUCGUAUUUUUAUUUGGUGUGGAUUAUUUGUGAUAAAUUUAAUGUUUUUUUAUAUUUCUCAUUUUAGUUAAUAUUUGGUUUAUUUAAGGUUCUGAUAUUCAUAUAUGUAAUGCUAUUGGAAUAUAUACACAUUCUUAGAUGUAUAAAUCAUUAUUUUGAUUUAUAAUUCAUUAUUAUAAUGGGAAAGUAGACAUUCGGAAUGGAGGAAACUUGCAAAAAAAUAUAGAAGAAAAAGAAUUAGGCAGCAAAAGGCCAGAGUAAGAGAAGAAAAUGAACUUUUAGAAUUGAAAAAGCUGCUAAGCUCUCCUAGCUAUCAGCUUUUAUUGGCAGAAAAAAAUGAGUCAGAAAAACAGCAGAAAUUUGAAGAGGAUAAAUUGCAACAAGAAAAAGAGAGAGAAUGGUUAAGGAUUGAAGAAGAGGCUCAAAAACAGUUUCAGGUAUAUACACUAUAUAUUCAUUUCAGUGUCUUGAUACUGUUAUUAUCUAUACGUCUAGAGUACUUUUUUAUCCCUGAGCUGCUGUAGUGAUAAGGGUCGGGCAAAUGCCCCAUAAAAUGGGCAGAUACCUAGUUAUUUGACCAAAACCUUUUAAAAUGCCCUAUGUUUGAGUAAUUACUAAGCUCAAUCAUACCUGAAGACAGAUAUAAAGAAAAUUAUUCUCUAUGAUGAUGUUUUCUGGGUGAGAAUUGAAAAAAUUGUAGAGCUGAUAAUGCCAAUUGUCCAUAUGAUACAUUUCCAGAAUCUAAUUGUCGUCACAAACUCAUACAAUAACUACAAAGUUCAAUAACUUGGAAGCAAUUUUCAUUCAGAAGCUUCCAUCCUCUUCAAGUAAAUCCUUUAGUAUGGUGGCAAGGAUUAAGAGGAACCUGUGAAUUACCGAAUGUGACAAAAAACAUUUUUGGGACACCAGUAAUAUCUGCUGUCACUUAGAGAACAUUCAACACAAUUUGCUGGAUUCACUAUAAAAAGAGAAAUCUGCUAACAUAUGACAGGGCAGCAAAACUAACUUAUCUAGCUUGAUAUUGGAAAUUUAUAAAGAAAUCUUCCACAUAAUGAAGCAGAAUAAAGAAAAGAUAGAAACAGAAAAUUAAGAUGAAGACGAAAUCUCAGGGUCUGAGAAAUCAGAUUUGGGAGAAUCUGAAUCCUGAGUCUAUACCAAAAUGAAAAGAUGUUGCAGAUUAAAAUGUAUUUCUGUUUUAAAAAGCACUGAAAAUUGAUGUUAACUGAAAAGGAAAAAGAACUUUAAAUAAAAGAGCUCAAAAUGCUUGUUUUAGGUUGAUAAAUAUUUAAUACUUGUUACCUGGUUGUCACACUUUUACUUCUUAUUUUUUUUCUGCAAAAGUAUUACAUAUCUUAUUAUAUCAAUCCAAAGCAACACUUUUUUUGCGUUUAUUGUGUUUUACUGAUUGUUUUAACUGUCAAAUAAUCUCUACAUCCACUGUAAUGAAGUUCCAGAAUAAUGCGAUUCAUUACAUUAGAUUUAAAAUAAAGAAAAAAUAAGAAAAUCACUAAACUAGACUCGUCAGUAAGUAUCAUUAAUAAGUGCUUGUCUGACAAUAAUUCAAUAAUUUCUCAGAAAUAUAAAAAUGCCCAGGCAUUUUUGUAUUUUGGGAAUUUGCCCAGCCGUAUGCACCAACUUAUAAAUGAAUAAAAAUUAUUAUUUUUUAUUGUGCUUCUGAAUAUAUAUUUUCAUUUCUUUUUAAUCAUUUCGUUUUCUUUUAUUCCAGACUGUGUGCACCAUACUUAGUUUUGUUCUUUCCUUGGCGGUUCAUGAUUUUGAUCAAUCUAUCAGUAAUUUCUGCAUUAUUUAUGUACUUUAGCUUUUUACUGCAAAACUAGAUAAUAAACAAUGUUUUGUUCAUUUGAAUUAUUACAGGAACUUCAAAAAAAAUUGGCGAUUGCUAGAGAAGAACGAGCUAAACAAAAUGAAAAAAUUAUCUUAGAAUGGAAAGAGGAACAGAAAAGGAGGGAUGAACAAAAGAAACAGGAAGAAGAAAAAUUACAACAGCAAAUCAAACAGCAAGAAUUGCUAAAUAUCAAAGUAGAAGAAUUUCUAGAACAUGGUGGUGAUACCCCCGAACAUUUAAAAACUACUUUAGAAACGAAUCCAAAUAAACCACUAUGUCCAUUUUUUCAAAAGACCUCGACUUGCAGAUUUUUUGAUGUUUGCUCAAGAAAUCAUGUACGACCAGGAAUAAGUAGUACCAUUCUUAUACCAAAUUUUUUCUCACACUACAGUUUGGAAAAAACAGAAAAUGAACAUUUAACUGAUUCUAAUUUGGAAUUUGAAAAACACGAAACACAAGACUUUUAUAGAGAAUUUUAUAAUGAUGUUGUACCUGAAAUCGAAAAAUAUGGAAAGAUUGAAUUGUUUAUAACAUGCUGUAACCAUGAAGCUCAUUUAAGAGGAAAUGUAUUUGUAAAGUUCUGUUCAACCCGUGCAGCUCUAAAAUGUUUUAGAGCCUUGAAUGGUAGGUGGUAUGGUGGCAAGCAAUUGAGUGUACAGUUUUGUAAUGUACCAAAUUGGAAAUCUGCUGUUUGUGGAGUACAUUUCUCAAACAGAUGUCCAAAAGGAAAUAGUUGUAAUUUCUUGCAUCCGUUUAGAAAUCCAAGAAACGCUUAUAGCUCAUUUGCAAAAAUUAGGGAAUCCGAACAUAAAAAAAGAAAUUGUUCAGAAAGUAGAAAUUGGAGAUGGUCAGAGUCACCCGAACCAAGUGUUCAAUCUGACUGGGAAAAGGAUUCGGAUACGAGUGCUCAAACGCAAAAAAAUUCUAGGAAUGGAAUGAAAAGAAAAAGAUCAAAGUCCCGCUCUAAAUCGAAAGAAAAAUCCAGGAAGUCUAGUUCGAGUAAGCAUUCAAGAAAUGGUUCAUCAAGAUCUAGUAGCGGUCGUAGCAGAAGUUCAGAAAGAUGUUAUACUCAUAGACAUAAAUAACUAUUUGUAUAUGCUGAUAAUAUAAUUCUAUAAAAUUUAAUUUUAUUCACUAACUAUAAACCAAUAAUGUUACCAAUUAGGAGGGAAAAUAAUUAUUAAUUUAUUUAAAAAUUA